AUGGAUGACGUGACGUUACUUGAUCUUCUGGAGUGCCCCGUGUGCCUUGAAAAGCUCGAUGUCACCGCCAAAGUCCUCCCUUGCCAGCACACCUUCUGCAAACCAUGUCUCCAGAGGAUUUUCAAGGCCCACAAGGAGCUGAGGUGCCCCGAAUGCAGGACCCUGGUGUUUUGCAGCAUCGAGGCGCUGCCGGCCAACCUGCUGCUCGUGCGCCUCCUGGACAGUGUGCGCUCGGAACAGGGCUCGGGGAGAGGGGGCUCCUUCCGCAGGCCCGGCGUGCUGACUUCGCAGGACAGCAGGAAGAGCAGAGCUCACCCCCGGAGUCUGCCUUGCAGCCCUUUCCGGCUGGUGCCUAACAUCAGAAUCCACAUGGAUGGGGUGCCUCGAGCAAAGGCCUUAUACAACUACCGAGGGCAGAAUCCUGGUGACCUGAGGUUUAAUAAGGGAGAUGUCAUCCUCCUCCGGAGACAGUUGGAUGAGAACUGGUACCAAGGGGAAAUCAAUGGAGUCAGUGGGAUCUUCCCAGCCAGUUCCGUAGAGGUCAUCAAGCAGCUGCCCCAGCCACCCCCACUUUGCCGAGCUCUCUACAACUUCGACCUACGUGACAAGGACAAGAGUGAGAACCAGGACUGCCUGACCUUCCUCAAGGAUGAUAUCAUCACUGUGAUCAGCAGGGUGGAUGAGAACUGGGCAGAAGGCAAGUUAGGAGAUAAAGUCGGCAUCUUCCCAAUCUUGUUUGUAGAGCCAAACCUCACCGCAAGACACAUCCUAGAGAAGAACAAAGGCCAGCAGUCAUCCCACACAAAAAGCCUGUCCCUGGUGUCCUCAUCCUCCAGAGGCAAGACGACCAACACGCCCACCUUACGAAGGGGCCCCGGGUCCAGGAGGAAGGGGCCCGGGCAGUUCUCCAUCACGACAGCCUUGAACACCCUCAACAGGAUGGUCCACUCUCCCUCGGGGCGCCAGAUGGUGGAGAUCAGCACCCCAGUGCUCAUCAGCUCCAGCAACCCCUCUGUGAUCACCCAACACACGGAGAAAGCGGAUGCUCCUCCCGGCUCUGUGGGGCAGGUCAGCACUUACCACCCUGCACCUGCUUCCCCAGGACAUUCCACGGCCAUCGUCAGUCUGCCUGGCUCCCAGCAACACCUCUCAGCUAACAUGUUUGUAGCCCUGCACUCCUACUCAGCCCAUGGACCUGACGAGCUGGACCUGCAGAAGGGAGAGGGCAUCAGGGUCCUGGGGAAGUACCAGAAUGGCUGGCUCAGGGGUGUCUCCUUGGUGACCGGGCGAGUCGGCAUCUUCCCCAACAACUAUGUCAUCCCCAUUUUCAGAAAGACAUCUAGCGUUCCAGACUCCCGGAGCCCUGGUCUCUACACCACAUGGACAUUAUCCACCUCUUCUGUGUCCUCGCAAGGCAGCAUCUCAGAAGGUGAUCCCCGGCAGAGCCGGCCCUUCAAGUCCGUCUUCGUGCCCACGGCCGUAGUCAACCCCGUACGGAGCCCAGCCGGCCUGGGGACCCUGGGGCAGGGUUCCCUCCGCAAAGGGCGUGGCAGCAUGAGAAAGAAUGGAUCCCUGCAGAGACCCGUCCAGUCAGGGGUCCCCACGCUUGUGGUGGGCUCCAUCAGACGCAGCCCCACCAUGGUCGUCCGGCCUCAGCAGUUCCAGUUCUACCAGCCGCAGGGCCCGCCCGCCUCCGUGUCGGCGGUGGCGGCGGAGCCAGGACCCAAGCCCACCCCCGCCGGGGAGCCUGCCCUCACGUGCUUCAGCAGGGGCGGCGACACCAGGACCCACUCGGCCGACGGCUCCCUCAUCAUGGACGGCAAAGACAUUCCUGUCAAGAGUGAGCCUCUAACCAGACCGCCCGCAUCUGCCCCGCCGUCCAUCCUGGUGAAACCAGAAAACUCAAGAAAUGGCAGCGAAAAGCAAGUCAAAACCGUGAGAUUUCAGAAUUACAGCCCUCCUCCCACCAAACAUCACACUUCCGGGAAGCCUGAACAGCCAGCCCCCCCGAAGGGGUCCCAGCCUGAAGCAGCCCCCUUGGGCCCCGAGAUGACUGUCCUAUUUGCCCACCGAAGCGGCUGCCACUCGGGACAGCAGACAGACCUCCGGAGGAAGUCAACUUUUAGCAAAACCAUGACCCCAGCGUCCACUGCCUCGGCCACGCAGACCGUGUUUCCCAGCAAAUGAAUCUACAGGUGGCUUUUCCUAGGCCCCCCAAAGAGGUGAAUUGCAUUUAAAUACAGUAUGCCUCCACUGAGGGCGUCCUGCCAUUCUUUGGGGACUCGAGCAUGGGUCCUUGUUCGGCCCAUUUUACCUCCAGGAAAGGACAGGUGGGAGCGGGGAUUCCUGCCCUGGCUGGGAAGACAGACUAGGUGACCUUCCAAACAUAAUGAUUCAAUGUAGCAAAGCCACUACCCAGACCAAGAAAUGGGGGCUCAUCCUGCCCACGCGGUUCCCCAGUGUCGAGUGUGCAGCAGUCUCUGAUCCCCUGGGUUCUGGGUAGAAUUUCUAUGAUGUUCUAAAAGGGGCUUCAGCCAGGGGGGUCACAAUGGUGGAAUGCUGGCAUUACUUCUUUGACCUCAACAUCUGAGAACAGCUUCUGCCAUCCUCUGGGGCCUGGACACCAACCACUAGUAGCUCCCAUAUCUUUUUCCCUCCAUCAAGUCAUAAUCCUGGCUGCCAAGGGAGAAUUUCUGGGAAGGGUAUGAGACAGAUACUUUGAACAUUCCAAGAACCCUCUAAACCAAAGAGCGUCCGCUUCCUGGCUUUGCUCCAAAUAAGGUCAGAGAGAAAGCUGACUAUUGUCAUACUUUAAGCUUCUCAAUCUGUUUGCCCACAUGUAAUCCUACGCAGUACGUAAGCAGGAAGCACGUACUUGCGGAGAGGGUCCUGUAUGGUAUUACGGACAAUUCAUUCAUCCUGGCUCUAGUCUGACUUUCCCAAGAAAACACAGCAUGCUUAGAAACAACUUCAUAAGGGGUUUGAAUUUAGAUUUACAUUCUGUUUGCAUUGCAAUAGUCUUUACUUUCACUGAUUUCUUCUAUGUGGGGCAGACUAGCUGUUUCACCAGGUUGCAGGAUAAGGCAGAAGUGUCAUUGAGAAGAUGCCAAUGCACAGCUGGGGUGGGGAUGCCUUUUGGAGGAAAGUUUCUAUAAAAAGGGACUGGACAAAUAAGACUGGAGAGGAAAAGGGGGUAAGACAGAGGAGAAAAGGGGAGAGUGAAGAAAAUAUGGAGGAGAGAGAGUAGGGAGGUGAUGAGAGUGAGAGAGAAAGAGGAUUAGGGAAAGUGUCAGGGAAGAAAAUCAAAGAGUAGGAGAGCAGCCUUGACAUUCUCGACAGGUGGGGAAAGAAGGAUGGAGUCUGCAAAAUUAGGUGACCCAACUAAGAUGGGGCUGAAGUGAGCGGGACCAGCCAGGCAGAGCCUUGUAAACAGGGGUAAAAGGGCAUCCCAAGGAGUAAAGGCAAUGCUAUAAGACAAAGCAUUAAUUCUCAUCAAACUUAAUUGCUGUGAUUUAACAUUUAUUGCAUGCACAUCAACGUGGGCCCUUUAGUGCAUAAAUGCCAUUUGCUACUAAGCCUGGAUGUCAUUAAAAAAAAAAAAAAAAAAAAAGGAGGCAGGUCUCAUUAGACCUUCUCCCUCGACAGUUCUUGAAGAUCCUGGGCUUAAAAACAUCUAUCUUUUACAUACCAACCAUACACUUGGCAAAUUGAAUUGUCAAGACUUUUCCAGACCUUAAUAAAACAAAACCAAAACCAUAAUCCUGCCAAGGAAUACUACACGUGUGUCAGACCUUUGGGUUGGUAGAGCCAGUGUGGCCACACGUCCUGGUGUUUCUGUGCGAUAUUGACCCAUAUCCGCUCCACAGAAUCGUCAAGCCCAACUGCAUGAUUCAAUGAGCUGAAUAUAGAAAUCCGGAUGGACAGAUGGGGAAAUGUCACAAAGACAGGGAGGCAUCAUGUGAUUUGUCAAAAUAUGAGUGCCUGCACCUCCUAUUUACCCCCAAAAGCACUCUCGGUGAGUUCAGCAGUGAGUUUAGCAAUCCACACCCAGAGCAGCGCAGACAUGAUGUGCCCAGCCAACCAAAGAUUUAGUCUGUGCCUCAGUAGCAAUAGAGCCAGUUAAUUUUUAACUGUUGUGGCUGAAAAGCGGGUUGUUUGGGUAUAACAAAGAUACAAUCCGUAUCCUCCCAAUGAAACAGAAUAUUCUUCUCAUUGCCCCCGAUCUCUGUAGAGUAACCUCCGAGAAGCGUAAGCAACGCCAGAGGCUGGCCGCCCCAUUCCCUCCAGCUCCCUUCCCCCAUGCCCAGCAUCAGAAUCCCUCCCUCCCAAACCAAAUCCCAUCUCUGCGGAGUCAUAGGAGGAUUCGAAAGCGGCAGUACAAGCUGAACUCACUGGCACUGCCCGUCAUAUUCCACCGCCACGUUUCAGACAUUCCUAUGAGCUGAGUACUGCAAUGAGGACAAGAGAUACAUCCUCUCCUAUAAUGUGCACCACAACCUUAUAAGGCAAGUACAAUGGUCCCCAUUAUAGAGCUGAGGAAACUGAGGCUUGAAGGGUAACCACAGACGGGGGCAGAGCAAGUUUGAUAGCUGCCCUCACCCUGAGUUGAAGCUAUCUAACUUCAGAGCCUAACUCAGGAGUGUGCUAUAUGAAUCAGGAGACCAUCCUUGAUGUCGGGCCACUGACUUCAGACUGCAGGGAGGAGGCGUAGUGCAGUGGUUACAACUGCAGGCUCUGCUGGGUCCAAAUGCUCAUUUACCACAUGCCAGCUAUGUGAUGUUGGACAAGCUACAUAACCUCUCUGAGCCUUGUCUUCUCAAACAGCGAUGAUCAUAGUGCCAACCUCAUUGGGCUAUUGUAAGGGUUAACUGAGCUAACAUUAUAAAGUGACUGGAACAGUGCUGGCACAUUGUGAACACCUGAAAAAUGUUAGCCUUGAAUGUUUUUAAGGAAGGAGGCCAUCGAGAUUCCAGGUGAGGAGGUCUAAAACAAGGACCUGCCCAGGGUUUUGGUGCUUAAAAGGAGACCAAGUAGCCUAGUCAUGGAGGUUGCAACACCGUCUGAGUCCUGAAGGACAGGAAAGGGUCAGGCAGAUAAAGGGGUGGGAGAAAGGGUGCCCAGGCAGGGGAAGAAGCAUUUGGCAAUGGGUUUAAAUGCAGCAAUCAAGCCAAGUUCUCUUGUACGUAAGUGCAGAGGAAUCCACUCCUGUGUGGAACAUUCCAGGGAUCCCAGUUGGAUCCCUAGCGCCUCACGUCUGAAGCCAGAUAUUCCGUCCUAUGAGAGUCCCACCCCCUCAGCUAAGACUCAGAGUCCCUAGAAGAGGUGCCCCUUCACCCCGUGAUCAAACCCGACACCUCCUGUGCUAGGAGAGCUGCCGAGGGCAGGCUCUUUGGGGUGGGGGGCAUUUGAGAGGUGAAGGAGGGGUGCAACCAGCUGAGGACAGACUCUGAGGGCCACACUUGAGGAAAUGGUCUCCAUAAGCAUCAUCAAGGUCCUCAAAACUUGUCUCCAUCCCUUCUCACGUGGGACCAGCUGCACCUCCUCCACCCUUCCCCCUCCCAUAGAGCUUUUGGAGCAGGAAGAGUUUAAAGCAGUGCCCUCCCUACCUGUGACUUGGUAAGAUGCAGAACUGACUCACUGACUUCCAGCGUCCCUUGAAAAUUCAGAAGGACCGUCCACACCAGGCCUGCACUCUGGUGCGGGCUGCAUCAGGAUUUUGGCGAAACGGACAUGCACUCUUCAAUUUGCCACGGCCCCAGCAGCCUGCUUCUCUCACUCACAUGGCCUGCACCUGAACUGGGCCUGUUCCCCUAGAGACUGCGUGCUUGACUUCAUCUCUCCUAGGCAUCACAAACCCCUUAAAAGUCAGAGCUGGAUCUUUAGACGUCAGCCGAUCCAGGCACACAGUUCUUAGGAGCAUAGUGGGCCCAGCCAGGGCCCUGCAGGUGUCGUUCAGUGGUUUCAAGGUGGGGACUAGUCAUCUGUGUUGUGCAGCAAGCUCCCCAGGUGAUUCUGAGGCACAUAAAGUAUGAGAAGCAUUCACUUCCUCAUGCGGUAAUAGCAGAGCUGACAUGCGGCUCUGACAUUGAGUGGGAGUAUGGCCUCACUGGUUGUUAUUAUAUUGAAAUCAUCCUGUACUGAUAGGUGAAUAGUAGAUGCUCUGAGCUCCCCAAGACCUCUCCCCACUCCCACACCCUGGCCCUUUCUCCACGUCUUCCCAUCGCUCUCCCAUCCAGCAGCUACAAAGCUAGGGCCAGCUGCAGCUGAGACCUCCAGCAGUAAAGCCCUUCUUCAUUCUGAUUGGCUAGUGCCUAUGCCAUUACAGAUCGUUAAAUAUCUUGACUGUUACCCUAUUGUACAGAAUAAGGCCCAGAGGUUGAGAGUGCUGCCAUCAAACCUGAUGCUCUUCCCAUCCCCCAUCCUGGCCACUGUUCAGCUCUCAACAAUCACCUUCAUCAGGCCCUUUGCUUAGGAAAGGAGCUGACUUAGGGGAGGGGCAUUUCCAUGCCUGUUUGCCUACCUUUUUCAGCCAAAAGUUUCACAGGCAUGAGUGAUGCACUUCAGCUUCCCAGCUCCUCUGGCAUCAUGUUGGCAGGUAUAGAAGCACAUAAUUCGCUUUAAUAAGAUGAGCAGACCUCCAUCUCGAUCCUCUCCCCAGCCUCUGUUCACACAGGCAGCCCCACAGCCUCUGACGCUCUUCCCGGGAAGUGAGCAGCUGAAGCAGGUAGAAUAAUGAGGGCCUCUCGAGCCUCUCCAGCUGGGAGCAAGUGCUUAACAAGCUGUGCUCGACCAGGGUGGCAGCUGCUGCCACUGACGCCUCUCUUGCUUACAUCUUGAGUACAGACCCCAGUUCCCCCUUGGGCUAAGCGAAAGGAGUGCUAGCACUUGCAGAAACCUCUUAGGUGACCCUGAAAGACAGUCGCUUAGGGGAAUGUUUUUGGCAGGCAAGACCAAGCCAGAGGAGUUAACUCCAGAGAGCCUUGCAGCAGGUUGGCGUCAUUGAGGAUAAAUCUCACAAGGACGUUUUGCUUGAAAUAGAGCAACAUUAAAUGAUGAUCAAGCCAUCUGCUGUUUGCCAGGCCAUAGUAUUGUGUCCUAGACCAGAGCAGAAACAAAAUGUCCCCAGGAAGCCCUUCUGCCUAUUGACCUACACUUUGACAAAUGGAAUGCAGCAGAGGUGGGAUCAAAGAUGAUGGCAUGGAGGGCACGGAGAAACAUUAGAUUCACCCACCCAUCCACCCAUCCACCCAUCCACCCAUCCAUCCAUCCAUCCACCCAUCCACCCAUCCAUCCAUCCAUCCAUCCAUCCAUCCAUCCAUCCAUUCAUUCAACAACAGUUAAUUCAUCACACACUCUGGACCAGGCUCUGUGAGAGGCAACAGGGAUGAAGUAGUUACCUGAAUAGAUAAAAUACAUAAGGACCUCACAGAAUGUUGUUUCUUGUUUUUUUCUGGAUUUGGGGCUCCUUUCUGCUUCUCUCCCCUGUUAUAAUUAAAUGUUCUAUAGAAAUAAUUAUAUAGGAUCAUAAAACCAAUAACAUAUACCUACCACCUAGCUUUUUAAAAAAUUAUUGAAACCUGCUCUGUGCUUCUCCCAGUCUCGUUCCUUCCUUCUCCACCUCCCCACGUCCCUCACAACCACUCUCCUGAAUUCCAUGCUUAUCACUCUCUUGUAAAUUUCCCACUGGUGUACCAUAUGGAACUUUCAGGGCAGCUCAUAGAGGUACUCACUAAGCACUAGUCAAAGCAAAUAUUGCAACCUGAGGCCAUAGAUACCCUGCCUGAAAAUUUGAACUCCCAUCUGGCUUCUGUUACUGGGACUCUAAAGCUUUGAUUCAUUGCUGGGAACUGAGAUUUUGAUAUACUGAUAUGUCUGGUUUUGAGAAGUUCAAGUUUAAAGGGGUUUUUACAAGAAUUCUUCCAACUACAGCUGUUUUAGGAGACCUUGUUGCUCCUGAAUAGAGAAAAUAUGAGUUGUGGCUGUCCCCACAUUGUUUGAGCAUAGGGUUUUCUAGGUAGCUCUCCUCUGGGCCUUGCCUGGAGCCUCUGGGUAUCCGACUGCAGAAACUAGGGUAGCUCCUCAAAUUCUGAAAUGAAAACAGAUCUUGCUGCUGCUGCUGCUGCUGCUGCCAAAUUCUUAUAAGAACCCCGUGAAAUGUGCAGAGAAAACUUAUUUUUGUCCCCAGACUACAGAUGAAGAAAUUGAGACUCAGAAUGUUUCAGUGCCUUAAGGUCACAUAAUUAGUUUGAGAUGGAAGGGAGACUUCUGACUCUUCAUCCAGCAAUAAUUGUCACCAUUUACUGAGCACCUACUGUGUACCAAGCACCGUACAUGCAUUAUGCCAUCCAAUCCUACCCAACCGUAUGAGGGCAGGUACUGCUAUUAUUCCAUUUUAGAGAUUCGAAUUGUGACUCAGAGGUCCAAUAACCUGUCCAAGGCAACAGGGACUAGAACCCAGGACUCUAAGUCCAAACCUUAAUCUUAAAUCACCACGUCCCUCUUCUUCAACAGCAACUGUAAACCCAGAACAUGGUCGAGGUUGGAGAGGACGCACAAAUGUGUGUAUUGCUGCUGAGAUCACAGGGAUGAGAAUGGAGAUGGGGGUGCAGGGAUGGUUUAACUCAGGGGCUCAAGCCCUCCCAGAGAAUAAGUAUAACAUAAGGAUCUUAUCAUCCAAGAAGCAGGGGUGGGAAAGAAGGUGACUGAGAGUGUUCUGUACAGAGAAAUCCAAAAAGCAAAAAAUCUGCUGCUGCAAGGGUGGCCAGACACAGCCAAGCAACUUGAAAAAGAACCAAAGCUUGCAACGUGUUUCUGAAUCAUUGACUUCAAAACACAGUGAUCAUUUUGCAUUCCCUAGAUUGCUCCCUCUUCAUGAGUUUAUUUCUGGUUUUGCCUGUCCUCACUCUGAAGGAUACAGGGCAGAGUCUAGAAGAAGGGGAAUAUGAUUUCCAAAAUGACCCCCACUUUCAUCUUCUCUGUGGGAACAAGAGGGCUCAGAGAGCUGACAUCUUCCAGUGUUCCAUGCUGGUAUUUAUCCAACGUUCGAAGGCAAUUGCUUUUGGGGGGUAAAUACACACCCCCAGAUGCAAGCUAAUUAUGCAAAUAGGGUCACUGCUGGAUGGACAAGAGCUGCAGCCCGGUAAGGACUAAAAGGAUGCCAGCCAAGACCCAGGGAGAAAGGCAAAAUGCAUUUGCAAAGGCCAUUCUAUGUAUCCUUGGUUAAUGCUGUUAGUACCAGUGCUAGCGUGACCGACCAACUUGAUGAAGGCCAAUUGCAAUGUCAGAGUUUGACUGCUGUAGGGCACACGUGUGCUGAAGGCCAGAGCCAUCCUAACGUCUUUCCCAUGAAAACAACAACUUCCCUGGACCAUCUGAGAGGACUGUUUGAACUAUUUGCAGUGAGAAGACUCUCAAAAAUUAGCAAAAGCAAGCUUGAGUCAAAAAGUUAGGAGGCAGGGGCUUCCUAGGUGGCGCAGUGGUUAAGAAUCCGCCUGCCAAUGCAGAGGUCACGGGUUCGAUCCCAGCUCCAGGAAGAUCCCACAUGCCGCGGAGCAGCUCAGCCCAUGUGCCAAAAAAAUAAAAAUAAAAUAAAGGAAAAAAAAAAAGUUAGGAGGCAGCAAAAAUGCCUGGAGGACCAAAGAGGAAUUCAAGUAAAUAUCCCCUGCAAAAGGCUGCAGGCGGAUCCCUACCCCGUCCCCACCCAGUUCUUUAGGAGACAUUUUCCAUCUCUGUCUAGGAGAGAGCUAGAGGACCGCACUGCCUGAGGAGGACAUGUCAGUCACAGCUCGAGAGAGAUGGCAUCAGCUUCCAUGACAAAGGACAGAACAGUCAGCCAGCCAGAAGGGGCCAUACUGUUUGGAAGGGACGGGGUAAUUUUAGAUAUCAGAAGCACAUUUCCAAAUAUUUCAUCCUACACAUUCUAUUUAGAAAUUGAAUUCUUUUUUAAGCUUACAUUCUUUUUAGAUGUUGGCAAAUUUGAUAGCUUGGACCUCCUUCAUGGGGACCUCCAGUAAAGGACCAAAGUUUAAAACAUCAGUCAAUUUGGGAGUCGCUAUUUUAGCCGUCUUCCCAAUCCACUAGAACUUUACGAGAUAUUGGAGAAAAAAAUAUAAUAUAAUAGGGUGAUGGGUUUUGGAGCCAAAUGAGCUGGGGUUUGUUCCCAGCUUGUCACUUAUUAGCUAUGUUUUCUUUGGCAAAUGACUGAAGCAACUUGGGAAGUUACGCCAUCUCCCUAAACCUGCUUUGUCAUCUGUAAAAUGGGAAUCAGAACCUCCACCUCAAAUAGGAUUCUCAGCAGAAUUAAACGAGCUCAUGCAGGUACAGCUCUGACUGUGGUAUUGGAUACAUCAAAGUGUUUGAUAAAUGGUAGCAAUUACCCAGAAAUGGUCAUGGAGGCACCAUUCAGAAACAGAGGACAAGAAAGAGCGAGGCUGGGUCGUACAGACAGAAGUGAAAGGGGGAGCCGUGAGGGAGUGUUUCAGUUGCCAAGAGAGCGCCCCUGAGGAGAAACAGCUUCUGAAAGAUGGUGGCAUGGAGAACUGUUGUUACAUGGGGAAGAGACCACCUGGGCACUGGCAUCUCAUGUCCCUGGGCUCAAAUCCUGGCCCCGGCACUUCUGGGCAGUUAAUUAACUUGGACCAAGUUAACGCGCCUCUCUGAGACUUUCUGUACCCAUCUGAAGAGUGACAGCAAUCACCAGCACUUCAGAGUCAUUGGGAAGAUUCACUGAGACAGGCCAGGUGCUGGUGUGCAGAAGGACCCUAGUGGUGAAUUUUGCAGUCACGGCAGAGGCAGGUGAUCAGGAGAAAUGCUAAAAUAAGAGCAAAAUCUUCUAACUGCCACACAUUACACGUGUACUAAAUGACAGGUACUGAGCUAACCCCUUAAAGGCUCCGCUACACGGUGGCUAAGAGCACAGUGAGUCAGGUGGCCAGGAUUCUUACCCAGGCUCUGCGUCUCCUCCCUGUGUUAUCACGGGGAAGGCAUUUAAUCUUCCCAGUCAUUCGUCCCCUUGCUUGUAAAAUGCAGGCUCUGACUGUCCUUUCCUGGAAUGGUUUGGCGGGGAUUAAAUGAGAUGAUGGGCGCGAGGUCAUUAGCGCAGUGCCCAGCUCAUAGAACAUGCUCUGUGACCUCAGCUGUCAUUACUGUUUACGUGCCUUUUCUCAUUUCACCUUCACAGCAAUCCCAUGAGUUGGGUGUUAUUGUCUGCUAUUUAUAGAUCAAACAGAUCUGAGGCUCUGAGGAUAAAUCACUUGUCUAAGGUCACAGAAAGGAAGCAGUGGGCCUGGCUCUGUAAGACUAGAAACCUCAACUUCUUUGUUCUCUUAACUUUUCAGAUCAGCUGGUCAAUGGUGCCAGGGUUGAGGUAAUAUGACGGUUAUUUUUAAAUUCAUCUCAUGCCAUAACCCUCAUCAGGCUUUUGUCUUCUGGUUGUUCCUAUCGCCUCACCUCCUCAUCUGUUGCAGGUUUGAGGUUUCAGGUCGUCUGCGACCCUGAAUGCCGCCGGUGGGCACCUUGAUGCUGCCCUCCUGGGGACCUGCAGCUUCAGAGGGUUGACAAGGCUUGUGAAAUGUCCAUUCUGAUUUGCAAAUAGGUCUGACACAGACAUGCUUCCAGCUGGCUGGUGAUGUUGACAACAACCCCGCCUCCUUGGUGCCAAUUAACAGAAAUUAAAUGUCCCUGGCACACUUCGUAAUUCAGAAAAUACAUGUGCUGAUGAGUCAAACCCCUGCUGGACACGCCAUUAUGACCGAGGGGCUCCAGGCCAACGUCCUAGCUCUCACUCCAUCUCCAUUUAAAGUCACAGAAUGUUUUCCUCCCGGGUAGAAAUCAAUGUCACCUCAUUCACGUGUUCAUUCAUUUUCAUUCAACACAUAUUGACUGAGCGUCUACCGUGUGCAUGGUGUUGCUCCAUACAGUUGGGAUACAGCAGUGAAUAAAGCAAGCAAUGAUCCUGCCUUCAUGAAGGGGAGUACAUGGGAAGCGAUUAAACACACAGGAUUGUUUCUAUGUGACAGAUGUUGUGAAGGAAACGAAGAGCUGGGACAGAGAAUGGCUGGGAGGUAUGAGCUGUAUUGUGUAGGGUGGCCAGGAAAGGAUUCUCCAAGGAGGUAAGAUUUCAACUGAGGUUUGAAGACUGAGAAGGAAUCAGACAUGCAGCGUGGUGAGAUGAACAGGAACAAGCUCAGUGUCGAGGAAAUUCAUUCAUUUAUCACAUUUUUGAUCAUACCAUCAAUAUGUGUUGCAUGAACAAUUGGAGAAUAAAUGAAUCCUCUUUUUUCCUGCCAAGAAGGACCUUCACAGGAAGAAUGAGUUUAUGGGAGAUGCCACAAGCUUAGAGGCAAGUUACUUCCAUUUUCUCCAGCCCCGUUUCAUCUCUCAAACAAGGGGCUUGUCUCAGCCACUAGCAUUCUGGGACUGCAGGAUCUUAAGAACUCACCUUCCAAAGGGACUGGCCUUCACAGCUCUUUAAAGCCAUGACUCUGCAGCAAGAAAAAAGCAAUCUCAUUUUUCUAAGCAGUCAAAAUGGUUGUUUGGAAUUAAGUAGACAAGGCAUGAAAUGUCAUCUGCUUUGUUAUCAUUAGGAUAUAUUUAUUGAAUUCUCACGCCCACUUACUCAUUCCAAGAAUACUUAUUAUUAGUUGCAAGUCUCCCUCUCCCCUUCCCUCCCUCCUCCCCCUCCUCUCCAACCUCCUUCACCCUCUUGCCUUCCACUCACCUUUCUCUGGCACAGCAGUGAAGAACCCAGGCUAUAGAAUCGGAGCACCCACUGUAUCCCAAGUGUGACUCACUGUGUGACUUUGGGCAAGUCCCUUUACCUCUCUGAGUCUCAACUUUCUCACCUAUAUAAUGGGAAAAAUAAUAGAGGCCAUCUCAUGACAAUCAUAUAAAGUAAAUACUGAGCUAUUGUUAUCCUCAUUUUGUGGCUUAGGAUGUAAAAUUCUAAGAACUCUAGGUUUUUAAGGCAAAAGAAACCCCAAUAAUGAGUGUGACCAUGAGCCAGUUUAAUGAUUUGUAUCCACCUGUAGGGUUUUCCUUUCUUUGAGAUAAUCAAGAAGCAGGAUCAUAAUAAAUAGCCUUGAAGAGGUCUCUUAAUUUGUAGUAAUACUUUUAAGCCAACAAUGAUAGACAGACCCCCCUGCCUCAUGCCAGACACUGUUUUAUGUGCUUUACUUACUUUGACUGAUUUUUAAAAUCUCACCAUAACCAAACAAAGUAAAUACUAUCACUAUGCCCAUUUUACAGGUAAGGAAACUAAGAGCUAGCAAGAUUAAAUAGUUUCCAUGGGGUCACAAAGCUGGGACCUGGUGGAGCUUGGGAAUAAACCCAGGCACUUGGACUCUAGUGUAUGCUGCUAGCUGCUCGCUACCCCAUUUAAGAUGAGACACAAAAGCUUUCCUGCAGACGUCAGGGUUCUCUGUUUCAAGUAGACCUGUCCCCUUGAGCACUCAAUAAACAAAGAAUUAUUACCUGCCUAAUCCUAAAACUCCUGGGCAGUAGACACAGGACUGAUAAGAGCUGCUACCUGGUACUGCACAAUGCCAACCAUAGGUAAAUUCACACCUCCUGCCACCGAUGGGACUUUGAGGUGUCUAUUAAAAUGUCAGUGGCUCUUAGAGUUGAAGUUCUUUCUACAUCAUUUAGCACAACCUGGAAGGUCAGAUUCAUGUGGCAGCCAGCCUUCCCUUGGCAGUUACUUCCUUAUUACUUCCCUACCCCUGCGCUCACUCUCAGAGAUGCUACAUCACAAUAAAGAUAGUUUAAGAGCUAACAAACCACCACUACUCCCUUGAGACCCAGAAGUGGUUGUCUCAAAUCACCUUGCCUGCAGUCUCGGAGGGAUAUAUGCCUCCAGCUGCUGAUACCAGGCCUGAUGUGCAGAUCAAAGCAGCCAUCUCCAGGCCCCCUGUGAGAGCAACGGGUGGACCCAUCUCCGAGGGCAGGUGCCCAGCCUCAUUGCCAGUACCCACUUAGGCAGAGGCGGGAGAAGCAGACCAUGUCUAACACAGGUGCCUUCCCUUUUCAGGGCUAAAAGUUGUGAGUAGCAGGCUGAAAUUCCUGCCCCCGUUUGAGACAGCAUAAUUCUAAAUCCUAUGUAACUUUUCGUCAUAAUGGGACACAGAAUUCGCGCUAGUAAUCACAGACUUUGUAUUUGUACCUGUUUCUCCCAUUGAAUAGGAAGCAGUCAGCUGGAGCCUCCAAUAGCUCUUAUUUGCUAUUGUGCUGAGUGGAGCACAUCAGCAAAGCAGUAAGUCCUGCCUUGCAUUCACAGGCCCUGAGAGUGCAGAGAAGCUCAGUUUUUAGCCCAAAUGUGGCUGCCUGCUUGAAAGCACAGGCUCUUUCAGUAUACUUUGUCUCUGUAUCCAUGAAUCAUAGUUCUGCCUCUGAAGGGUGAGGGUUUGUGUCAGACUCCCAAAACCGGUGUUUCCCAUAAACUGUUCUUGCAAGACCCAACUGCCCUGUGCCAUCCCACAAAGAAUGAGGCUGUGAUCACCCUUAAAGUUUCCCCAAAGAGAAUACUGGCCUCUUAAAUCAGCAUGAGUCCUUGGGUAGAAAAGAAACCGGGCUCCAAAUGAAAGACGUUGGGCAGGAGAUGCAAAACUCCCUCUCCUACUUAUUUCCUGUUUUACUGGGGUUUCACGGGAACUCACUUGUGGACAAACUCCGAGCCUGGGUCUUUUAGAAACCAAAUCUUUUAAAAUGUUAUAGGACCAAUUUCCCAUCAUCCUUUUAGCUUUCUCCUGUCCCCCUUCAGUGUGGUCAGCUGGGACCUAAUUUGCACUCAGAAGGGCCAAGAGCCAAGCACUGGCAGCAAAGUCAUGGAGAGCAGCCAGCGCCUGUGAUGCUCGUCCGGACGGCCUGGCCUCACCUGGACAAGUGGCAGCCGGAAGUGUUGGCUGCACUUCCUCCUGCACAUCCUCAGCCUCCAGAAGAGAAAAGGCAUCCGGGGCUAGGGAGGGGGGGGGGGACAUUGGUCACCUGUGUGCGGAUGAUAGGGAUACAGGUUGAGUUUGGAAACCGAAAUAAAAUAUUUGAGGCCCUGGAGAAAUUCUGAGGGCUCAAUUUUAACUUUAUUUUUGAAAUAACUUCAGACUUCUAGAAAUGUUGCUUAAAAUAGUACAAGGAAUUCCUGUGUACGCUGCCGAACGAGGUUCCCUAGAGAUUAACAUUUUACUAUGUUUGUUUUGAUCCUCUCUGUCUUUUAUAUAUGUAUAUACAUAUAUAUUAAUUAAUUAUUAAAUUAAAAUUUAAUAUAAAUUAUAUACAUAAUUUUUCUGAAGCAUUUGGAAGUAAGCUAAAACUCAAGUGCCCGCUUUCCCCUAUAUAUUUCAGUGUGUAUUUCCUAAAAACAAGGAUGUUACGUAACCACAGUGCAAUUACCAAAAUCAGGAAAUUAACAUUAAUAUAGUACUGUGAACUACUCUACAGAUCUUGUCCAAUUGUCCUAUUCUUUUCCUUUAGAGAGAAAGAAGAUUUUGAUGUGUUGCCUAGGAUCCCAUCUAGGACCACAUAUUGCAUUUGUCAUAUCUGUUUAGUUUCUUUUAAUCUGAACAGUUUCUCAAGAUUAAUUGUCUUCCAUGAUCCUGGCAUUUCAAAGAAUAUAGGCCAUUUAUUUUACAGAAUGUCUCUCCAUUAGGCUUUGUCUGACAUUUCUUCAUCGAUAGAUUCAGAUUAUUUACUUUUGGCAGUAAUGGAUGAUAAUCCUUACAAAUAAUCAAAUAGGAAUCCCUGAGUCCAUAAGACAUAAAUAGAGAGAUGAAGGAGAAGGAAAAGCUCUUCCUGACAGUAGAGUGCCAACUAAAAAAUGUAGAAGGAAUGAUGGAAUUUUUUAGAACCCCUGUUUGACAACCACUACAGUAAAAAUUGGUUCCGGCAAGAGUCAUCAAUGGAUACUAAACCUAGUGUAUCAGAAUAUCUCCCCCAAAGAUAUUUAUUAAUCACAAAGGGGGAAAUAGCAACUUUAUAGUGGAGAAAUCUGGUAGACAACCACCUUAACCAAAAGAUUAAAGUUAGCAUCCUCAGUAAUGGGGAAAUAGAUAGCAUGUACCUGCCGAUAUGAUGAACAGAGGACACGACAUCUCUUUCAUGAAAUGAAAAGACAAAUUCCUGCCCAAAAGACUUAAGAAUUUUAAAGAACUAUAGUUCUAGCCAUGCUGCAUUCACACACAAUAGAUUCUGAAAACCUUUUCACCUUCACAGACCCCACCUUGGAAAUCUUCCCAGGAGGAGCCAGCAACAGCCGGAUAGAGAGCAAAUCGUCUGCUUGGAUGGAAACCACUUGGUGCAGAGUUGUGGACCAUAUGAUACUCCUCGGACAUCAGGGAUGGUACAGGAAUACCAAUAGGCUAGCCUCCAAGAUAGAAGGGUAACAGGAGAAAAAUCAAAUCUGUCUUCCCACAGUAUCAAUGGGCGGUGGGCCAGGUCGGAGAAAAGCACGAGUCGUGUGCCAUUACAGGUUACACCAGACUCCCGGCCUGCCUGUUAUUCUGUUCUGCUGUCAAAGCCAAACUUCAUCUUGCCAAUUUCGCACACCUGGGCACCUAACUGACAAAUGAAAAGACCGGACCUCAAAUGCCUUCCAGCAUUGUAUCUGGCCUGUCACUCCAGCUCAGAUUUAGAGCGAUACAGGGGAGGGGCUGGCAUAAUAUUCUCCUCUCAGGUGUUCAAGCCAGAGAGGCCAGUGCUUCUUUACAACGCCCCCAGCCUUCGCCCCUCCCCAGACCACAUCCUGCGUUACUCUGCCACAUCUGCAUUCUUUUCCAUUGCAAUUCCUUUCUGUCUUUCCGCCCUGACACUUUCUGAUCCAGAGAGUUUUUGUUAGAAUAUACAGAUCAAGGAAAUAAGGACUUAGUACAUAAAGAAUCUCAGACAAGAAACACGCACGAUGUUAUGAGAGACGCCACACACUGGACUGCUUACCGAGGGGCUAUUUCAAGUCUAAAGGUAUAAGAAUCAGUUAUAACCCUGCAGGCUUUUUUGUUCAGAAAUAAGUCAUCUUAAAGAAUUCAUUAGAAGAUAUUCUAAUUUUUAAUAUAAAUUUUAAACUAUCUGUGCUAACCUGAGAGAGAUAUUACACGAAUAAAUGAAAUGCACAAAUAUCCUGAGACUCUCUGAGCUGUAGGUUUUCAUCUUCGCCCCAUCUUAAGACAUCAAUAAGAAUUUUAUUUCUAAAAGCACAUGCCACCUUGAUUAUCAAAGACACUGACAGGAAUGCAGCAUGAUUUGGAUACAGAGAUGGUUUUAAAGUUUGGGAUGAUAGUUUUGAAUUGAGGCAUUCCCAGUCUCUAAGCCAGCCCUGCUGGCAAGAAGCCAGGUCAAACCAUGAGCUGAGUUAGGAUUGUAUUCUGUGGUUACAGAAAUGUUUUCUUCUGUGUGAAGCUGUCCCAUGCGGGGCUCAAUCUGGCACCCAUGUCUUAAUGGGAUGAUUAACUUGGACUUCUGAAUCAUACCCUUCUCUCGGUUAACCCCUGGGGAAGGUGAUAAUAAGCCACAAGAAGCCCAGAGCACUGGCUUUACCUGCCAAGAGGCGAGUGAGGAGGCAAGAGGUAUGAUGAGACCACAGGAAGACUAGUGCUGUGACGACAUCUCCUUCUCACACAUGGUCCAUGAUGGUGGUGCCACUUGUCAGUCAUCCCUUUUCUCUGAACUGCUGUGACUAAAUGUUGGUUUCCUCUGGGAUGAAUCUGGGUUUUAUUGGCUGCUCUUUAGCCUCAGCAGCAAUGAAUAGAGAAAUGCUGCCUUCAGAUUCUGGAAUCUACUAGAUUCAUUGUUACUACCAUGAACUCCCUACAGCCCACCUAUAGAUAGGUUUCAGUGACUUCACUUUCCAGGGCAAAGUCAUAGAAUGUCAGAGUUGGAAGGAAUUUUAAUUUUAUAGAUGAUAUAUGGAAAUGUUAAGUAUAGGAAAGCUUUCCACACAAAAGCAAGUUGUAUAAACUGGGGGGGGGGGGAAGGGAGAGGGGGGUACAACACAACUUUUAAUCCCCAGAAACCAUUAGUCUGCAUUGGAUAAUUAUAGCUGUGUCCUCAAGGCCCUCUUGCCCAGAUUUGCUUCUUCUUAGACUGGCUUCCCCCUCUCACAUUUAGAACAACAGGAAACCACCACUCCUAAUUUUUACACUUGCUGUUUUUCAUCUCUGGAAACUUUCCGUGGCUUAUAGUUUCAUGGAGGGUUUCAUGAAGAUUUAGCUUUUCCUUUGAACCUGCUUAGCCAAUAAACCAAUUAUUUUUUCCUAAAGUGCAAAAUGAGGAAUCUGAUUUGUUCUCAGCCAAAGUCAAAAGCUUAAGAAAAUCUCCCUCAUUUCCUAAAGUUUUCAUCUCUGGACUGUCGGUACCAGCAUAUAGAUUCCCAGUUGCCAUGGGUCAAAAAGCGAUGGAGGUGGUGGGGAGGCAGAUGAGGAUGAAUUAGAAUGAUUAGAAUGAGGUCAGACCAGAAACGCACCUGAGAAUGGUUGGCUAACCAUUAAGUCUGAGUUUCAUCUUCUGGAACUGUUGCUUCUUAUUACUACAUAUUGGGUUGGGGGAGAGGGUGUUGUUUAGGUGAAAAAGAGGAAAGCUAAAAUGGAAGAGGAGAAAAAUUCACUCCUCCAUUGAAAUAUCAGCAGAAAAUCUGUAGACUCUGUGUCUCUGCUUGUUUUAUCAGUACAGUGUUUUUAAUAGACCAAAAGAGAAUCUUUAUAAGAUAAUAUGUAUGUGAAUAAUGUUUAUAAAAAGGGUGUAACAUGCUAAUCAUUAUGGACUAUUGUAUAAAUAAACCUUAGAUAUGUAAAAUAUAUAAACAUAUAAAAACUGUUUUCUAGGGCAGUGGACACUUUUCAUAUCUUUGUUCUAAAAAAUAGAGAGUACCGGGGCUGGCAACUUAUUUCUACAUUGGUAUAUUCCACAGUAAAGCCAAAAGGUUUGGUGGGGUUUUAUUUGUUUGUUUUCUGGUUUUGUAAUUUAUAAUGAUUGGAAUGGAUUACUUUGAAAUGUGUGUUGUAUAUGUGUUGGCAGUGUUUGCCCACACAGAGUCAUCAGAGGUCCGUUCCAUAUUUUGCAUCUUGGAAAAUCAAAAGGAAUUUUCUAGUGAGAAGAAGAACACACAGAAGAAGCCUCCACUGUUGGGUAACUCAGAUUUGUACCACUGACAGCUUCUUAUAAGUCUGAGGAAAUGGGAAGUUUAAGAUCAAAGUUGUUGUCUCUCACUUAAACAUUGGGUGUUGGAUAAUUUUUCUCCUGGGGAAGGAAGCACAAAUUUUUGUUAAAUUCUUUCUUCAUGGACUUGGCAUGUUCUAGGGGAAACCAGAAGGCAUGGCCUUAGGCCACCUUGCUUCAGGACCACUCUCCACCCUCCGUUUUCAAUGAAUCAUCCGCAUAUGAAUUCUCUGUUUGAUGUUCUGUGAUUCGUUGGCAGACUCAGCACUUUUAGAGCCCAGAGUUUCACUUGUUUGGGUUUGUGGCUCUGAAGAAGUGUUAAGUUUGCGCUACCCCCCAAGCUGAUCAGAAGAAGCAAAGGGAAAGUGGGGCUACCUUGCUGGAGGGGUUCACGCACACCUCUGACCGCCUCUGACCGCAGCUGAGAGAAGCACUGGGCCAGCAGCUGGUGCGUGAAAUGCCACGUGCUCUUCACACAGCGAGGAGUCAUCGUGUGAGAGUGGAGAGGUCACCCAAGUCUCCUUUACCAAAAAUGCAUAUUGUUCCCAGCUGUAAGCUUGUGAAGCGCAAUAUGUGUUUUUGCAUGAGACAAUAAAAGAGGUUUAUUUUCACUUAA